AUGGGUGGCUCGUACUAUACUCAUAACGGUGGAGGUUCAAACCAUCUCUGUAUGCCACUCGAUCCAAUAUACAAUAAGACUGUGAAUGGCAACCAAGGUUAUUCAUAUGUAUAUGGAAUUGAAUAUGAAAUGAAUGCACACGCAUCUCUUUUCCCGAAAAAUCUUCACGACCAUGAAGCAGUAUGCGCCGUGUGCUUUGCUGAGUCACGUGGAAGUCAGGUGAUGAUCCCUGCUCGCAACGUCUGCCCAAAAGGUUGGACUCGAGAGUACAACGGUUACUUAAUGUCGGCACACAUUUCCCAUAAACGAAGUCAGUUUAUUUGUGUAGAUGGUGCCCCAGAAGCUAGACAAGGAACUCAAGCAAACAAAAACGAUGGUUUGUUGUAUGUGGUCGAGGGUCAUUGUGGUGCUUUGCCAUGUCUACCAUACAUACAAGGUGCGGAAUUGACAUGCGCAGUUUGCACCAAGUAA